AUGAAGCAAGCCGCUGCUGCUUGUUGGCUCUGGGAAGAGUUUAGGCAAGAAAGACUCAGUUUGAAACAAGCUGACAUGUCUAGACCAGCAAGAGAGUCUCUGGAUAGUGGGCAGAAUUGGGACUUAAAUAGCAUCAGUUUGAAUCAAGUUGAGGUACAUGAACCAAGCCACAACUACCUGUUGUCAGCAGACAAAAUUUGGGCCAAUAAAGCCCCAGUUAAAAUUGAGCUGGAAGAUCACCUUUUCUGGGAAAUACUAAAAUUCCUGAUUCUCUUGGUGCUUGGUCUAUAUUGCAUAACAAUUAAAUCUGAAGCUAAAGUAAUCACCUGUUAUUCCCUAUUGAAAAAUGCUACUCUGUAUAAGAUGUCAUGCAUCAGUGCUGACUUUGUGUAUUUUUACCAAAGUUUCACUGUGGAGAUGCUACAAAAUUUAUACUUUUCCCCUGUGAUCAUUUCUGCAGUUCUGACCAUGCUCUCCAAGAACCUCACAGAUGCACCAACAUCAGAGCGCCAGCAUGGCUUUCAGUACCUCAUAUGUUCACUUAGUAGUCCCAAAAAUGAAUUGGAGUUACAUAUGGGAAAUUCUCUCUAAAAACAACUAAAACUACUGGAAAAGUUUUUGGAAGAUGACAAGAGCCUUUUUGAGAUUGGGUUUUAUGCUAACUUCUCUAAUGUUUCUGAAGCCCAGCAGGAAAUGAAAAUCGAGAAUCAAACCAAAGGGAAAGUUGUGGAUCUGAUCCAAGAUCGCCAAACAAAUAUUAUCAUGAUCCUGGUGAACUAUAUUCACUUUAAAGAUAAGAAACUAAUAUUUUUUGAUCCAUCCAAGACAGAAAGAAAAUGCUUCAUAGUAUACAAAACCAUUACAGUGCAAGUGCAUAUGAUGCACCUAAUGUAACAAUACUGUCACCUGGUAGAUAUGGGGCUUAAUUGCCUGGUACUGCAAAUGGACUAUUAUAGUAAGAAUACUCUGGCAAUUUUUGUCCUUCCAAAUGAGGGUCAGACGGAGUGAAUGAGAAUUACCAGAAGCUCACCCCUUGUAACUAUUGAAGGAUGGCAGUUGGCCUAUGUGUUACAUAAAGCCCAGGGCUCAAGUGCUGAGGGGGUGAUGCUAGGAGAUUCUAUUGUGGCUGGCCUGCAAUUGAGCUCCUGCUGGAUUGCCAGAGAAACUGUUUAA